AUGAAAUUUUUCAUCCCAUUUUUAGCUAUUGUGGUAGCAACUACUGUAUUUGGUCAAUUUACUAACAAAAAUAAUGAAUAUUUAGAUUUUGGUUUUGAAAAUAUUAAUCACUUUACUUUAAAAAAGUUAAAUGAAGAUAUGUCAAAUAAUAAUAAUGAACAAUUUUUAAGUAACAUGAUCAUUCCAAAAUAUCAAAAUAUUAUUCCUCAAUUUUUAAAAGAUUUAAAUAUUACUGAAAUCAGAAACUUUCUUUAUAUUGCAUUAGAUGUUAAGUCAACAAAAAGUGAAUUAGAAAACAAUCUUGAUAAUUGGGCUAAUAAACAAAGUGAUAAUAUUAAAAAAGAAUAUAAUAUUUUUAAAGCUAAAGAAGAAUUAAGAAAAGAUAGAUUUGAAAAAUAUCAUGAAAUGAUAGCAUCAAAGUUUUUUCCUGAUGUCAAAAAAAUUGAUGAUGAAAUUAUUGCUAUAAUUCAAAAUAAAUCUAUAACAAAAAUUGAUGAAACUUUAAAAAUAAGAGAAAUUAUAAAAAAUGCUCCAUGUAAUUUGUUAACUCAAUUAGUUAACUUGUAUCCAUUUAUAAAAAAUGAGAUGUAUAAAUGUUUAAGAAGAAGGCAACCAUUGAAAAUGAAUAUCAUUGUAACUAAAAUGGAUAAAUCAAUGUCACCAUUUGGAAUGUCAUUUAAAAAUUUGUUUCAACCUGUUAGUUUAAAUUCUAUCGUUAAAAACGAAGAUUUUGAUAAAGAUUUAUUGCGCACUACUAAAAAUCAGCGAAGUCAAGAAGACGAUAAAAUAUUAGAAAGUCCAAACAAUAAAAAUAAAAUGAGGAUUUCAACAAAAUUACCAAAUAUAAAUUUUGAUAGUAAUGAAAAAGAAGUACGUAGUAGCAAAAGUGAUAACUAUUUAUUUAGUAAAAUAAAUUACCAUAAUUUUGACGAUAGCGCAAAAGAUGAAAACAGUAUGAGUGAAAAAGAUUAUGAAGAUAACUUGCUAAAAAAGUUUAUUAAUAAAGAAAUAAAAAAUUUUAAUACGGAACCAGAAAUGAAACCACAGUUAGAAGACAAAGUUCCAUUUAUUCCUGAUUUUGAAAGAUCAAAUAAAAGAAAAUUUCUAAGAGAAGAUUUUGAACCAGAUAUGAUGCCAGCACACAAAGGUAGAUUUCCAUUUAAACCUGAAUAUGAAAGAGCAGAUAGAAGAAGAUUUCCAAGACCGGAUUUUGAACCAGAUAUGAUGCCACCACGUGAAGAUGGAUUAUUAUUUGGACCAGAUUUUCAAGGACCUAAUAGAGGUAAAUUUCCUAGACAAGAUUUUGGACCAGAGAUGAUUCCAUCACACAGAGGCAGAUUUCCUUUUACGCCAGACUACGAAAGAUCAGAUAGAAGAAGAUUUCCAAGACCAGAAUUUGGACCUGAAAGAAGAUCACCACAUGAAGAUAGAUUUCCAUUUAAACCUGACUUUGAAAGACCAGAUAGAAGAAGAUUUCCAAGACCAGACUUUGAACCAGAUAUGAUACCAGCACAUGACGAUAGAUUACCAUUUGGACCAGAAAAUGGAAGAUCAGAUGAAAGAAGAUUUCCAAGACCGGAUUUUGAACCAGAUAUGAUGCCACCACGUGAAGAUAGAUUACCAUUUGAACCAGAUUUUCAAGGACCUAAUAAAAGUAAAUUUUCUAGACAAGAUUUUAGACCAGAGAUGAUUCCAUCACACAGAGGCAGAUUUCCUUUUACGCCAGACUACGAAAGAUCAGAUAGAAGGAGAUUUCGAAGACCAGAAUUUGGACCUGAAAGAAGAUCACCACAUAAAGAUAGAUUUCCAUUUAAACCUGACUUUGAAAGACCAGAUAUAAGACGAUUUCCAAGACCAGAAUUUGGACCAGAUAUGAUACCGGCACAUGAAGAUAGAUUACCAUUUGGACCAGAAAAUGGAAGAUCUGAUAGAAGAAGAUUUCCUAGAGAAGAUUUUGAACCUGAAAGAAGAUCACCACGUGAAGAUAAAUUUCCAUUUAAACCAGAAUAUGAAGGAUCAAAAAGAAGAAGAUUUCCUAGACAAGCUUUUGAACCAGAUAUGAUACCAGCACAUGACGAUAGAUUACCAUUUGGACCAGAAAAUGGAAGAUCAGAUGAAAGAAGAUUUCCAAGACUGGAUUUUGAACAUAAAAAAAAUUCACCACGUGAAGAAAGAAUUCCAUUUAAACCUGAAUAUGAAAGAUUAGAUAGAAGAAGAUUUCCAAAACCAGAAUUUGAACUUGACUAUGAAAGAUCAGAUAGAAGACAAAUUCUAAGACCAGAAAUUGGCUUUGAAAAAAAACCUUUUGAUGAAAGUGAAUUUUUAUUUGAACCGGAUUUUGAAGGAUUAAAUAAAAAGAAAUUUUCUAGAAAAGAUUUUGAGUCAGAGAUGAUGCUAUCACAUGAAAGUAGAUUUCCAUAUGGAUCAGAUUUUGAAAAAUUUAGUGAAAAAAAAUUUCCAAGACCAGAAUUUGGAUUUGAAAAAAGACCUUCAUAUGAAACUAGAUUUCCAUUCGGACCAGAUUAUGAAAGAUCAAAUAGAAGAAAAUCUCCUUUAGAAGAUUUCGAAUCAAGGAUAAUGCCAACACAUGAGAAUAGAUUUUCAUUUGGACCAGAUUUUGAAAGAUCAGAUAGAAAAAAAUCAUUUAGACCAUAUUUUAGACCUGAAAAAAGUUUACCUCAUGAAGAUAGCUUUUUACUUGGACCAGAAAAUGAAAGAUCCAAUAAAAGAAAAUCCUUUAGAAAAGAUUUGGAAUUAGAAAUGAUGCCACCACAUGAAGAUAAAUUUUUAUUUGGAAUAAAUUAUGAAAAAUCAAAUGAAAGAAAAUUUUCAAAACCAGAUUCUGAAGGGCCAAUGAUUAACAAAGUUUCAAAAGCAGAAGAUGACAAAAAAAAUAAAUCAUUUAAAGAAAAUGACAAUCAAUUUGAAAAUAAUCAUGAACGAGAAAAUAAAAAUGAUAUUGAAAAUGUUGACAAUAAUAAUAAAAAAAAAUUAGAUUUAUCUCAUAAUCAAAAAGUCUCAAUGAAAACUGAAAAUGAAAGUGUCAAUGAUAUAAAUGUUUUAAAUAAUAAAUUUUUUUAUCCAAAUGAAUAUGAAAAUGAAGGAAAUUUAAAAUACAGAAAACGUCUCACUUUUAGAAGUAAAUAUAGAAAAGAUGCAAACGCCGAUCCUAUAAAUGAAGCAAAAACACCUGAAAUAGAUAAUAAAAUAUUUUUACACCGUGAUUCAGAAUUUAUACCUGAACAAUUACCAUUAAUAAGAGGGGCUCCUAUUUAA